CGCACACUAGCAUAGUAGCUUCUCUUUCGCCCCUGCCACUGCCUCUAUGAUGUCCUCUUCCACGAUGAACUUCACUCCAUACAAUAACACGAAACCAAAAACCUUCGACAAGCAGUCGAAGAGCGGUGUCAACGCCGUCGAGCCUCGGGAAUAUUCCUUCCUGGAUCGUCGUGACUGGUCAGACGCAGAGGUCGAGCACAUAAUCAACCGCAAGCUCAGUCCAGUGCAAUCCCAAGCACUGGACGAUCUCUUGGAAUGCAUCGACCCCAGCUCUGACACCGACAAUGAAAAUAACUCGGACACCGACACCGAUAGCAUUCCUUCCGAUUCAGACGGCCAAUCGUCACGACGGCCAAGGUGUCCUGGAUCGUGUCAGCCGUCCGAACGGACGCGAACGAAACAGACUACAUCAUCCACGUCUGCGUCGUGCGACAGUGUAGGCCUUUGAGGGCUUGGAGACUCGUGCAGCGGGGGAGAGAGAAGAGGGCGUGGAGGAGAGCAUUGAAUGGGUAAGGAGACGAAGGAAAGCCUGAAGGUUUUGACCUGUAACCUGUUUGUACAUCAAAUCAAUAGUGAUACAUAGACCAGAC